GUCCCUGACUAAUAAGUGUAAGUCGCUGACGGAUAAAAGUGUGUGCUAAGUGUAAUGUAAUAGUAUGUAUUCCAAUACACCUGACCUGCCCUUCUCCCUAACACAGACACAAAGAUGCAGAGACAUGCAUUUAAAACACACAAAACAUGUUAAGCAUUGUAUAAUACUAUCAUAUUUCCCUAUUACUGUAAAUUAUAUAGGCUACUUAAUGCGAAUUGUCUUCCCAUCUUGCCCAAUUUAUUUCACAUGUUGGAACUCUUUCUCUUAGUCUUACCAUUAUCAUCCUAUAAUUGUAUUUGCUCUAAAAGUGUAGUACUGUACAUAGCCUACAUAGUACAUAGUUUACAUAGGCCUAGUUGAAUUAAAGUCUUUGUACACUUGCCUGUUUUUAUGAAGAUGUAAAUAAAUUCUUUGGCAUACAAACCGGUUAUCGAGUACCUUAAAUCCCUAGUUUUCUUUUAACAUCUGGGCUGGUCCCUAAUUCUGCGACGUGACGCAGCGUCUUGCUCUGAACAACACCCCUAUUACGCGCCGGGGCAAAUGACAGCUCCGCUAUUCCUGCACUGGAUGGAGAUUUAGAAACAUCGCACAUCCCUCGCUGUCUUCAAAAUACGGGCCACAAUGGGGAGGCGGUCGUGUGUGUGUGGUGUGACCCGCCCCGCUCUCUGGUCACUGCUUCUAGUGACACUGCUGCUCUGCGACCCGACAUGGGCGGGCUUUGGCAAGGGGAAGGGAGGCGGCAGCUCAAAGCCAUCGUCAGGCGGCUCAAGGACGUCGCACAACAAACCUGCCGCCACCUCGCCCAGGACACCCAAGACCCACGGGGGCGGCAGCAACUGGGGAGCCACGAGCCAUGGGGGCAGCCAGCCCAAAAAGCCGGAUCCUUACCCUAAAGGGGGCGGUACCGGCACCAACACCAACCAGCAGCCUGGCAGAGCAGGAGGAGGCUAUGGUGGGAACACCAAUCAGCAGUACCCUGCCGCAGGGGGUGGUGGGCAAUACCCAGGUCAGGGGGGCACCAACUAUGGCAGGAACCCCAACCAGCAGUACCCAGGACAGGGGGGCACCAACUACGGUGGACAGCCCAACCAGUACCCGGGGCAAGGGGGCACAAAUUACGGACGGAAUCCCAACCAACAGUACCCAGGACAGUACCCAGGUGGUGGCCAGCCCAACCAAUACCCGGGGCAAGGUGGCACUAACUACGGCGGGAGGAACCCCCACCAACCCUACCCAGGCCAGGGUGGCACUCACUAUGGCGGGCAGCAGCCGUACCCAGGGCAAGGUGGCACCAACUACGGCCGGAACCCCUACCAACAACCCUACCCAGGACAGGGAGGGUAUGGACAGGGAGGGUAUGGGCAGGGGUAUGGGGGUGGUGGCUAUGGAGGAUAUGGAGCCGGCGGUUAUGGGGGUGGUGGAUAUGGAGGCGGUUACGGGUACCCGAACCAGAACCCCAACAAUAAGAUCCUGAGCCCGCGCUACGGCGGCGGCUUCAUGGGAGGCGGAGGAGGGUACGGCGGCGGCUCCCCCUUCUCCCGCUCCGUGCAGAGCAACGGCUACCAGCCCUCGGUGAAGUCGCAGGGCUUCGCCAAGAAGGCCAUGCUGGCGGCUGGCGUGGGGGCGGUGGCGGGCAUGGCGGUGGGCUACGGCAUCGGCCGCUUCCCCCGGCCGCACUUCGGCUUCCGCAGCCCCAUGGAGGAGCAGAACUACAACCGCUACAUGUACGAGCGCUACGGCGCCAAGUCCACCGACCAGAACGACUACCGCGACUACGUCUACAAGACGCCGCCCAAGGCCGACAAGAGCUUCCAGACCUACGAGCAGUACAUGGACACCUGCAUGAAGCGCACCGACCUCCUCAAGGAGCAGCAGGAGGAGAGCGGGAGCCCACAGAGUAGCAGGCUACAGGGUGAUCAGCCAACAGACUACCCCGAUGGUGGUAGUGUUGGUGGUGUUGGUGGUGGACCGAAAGACUCAGAGACGCAGAGCAAUCUACAGACGAAUCAAUCAAAGUCAAAGGAACCUGAUGGACCUAAAGAUGUAGCAGCCGCAUCCGGUAGUUUGGAGCCGAGUCUGCUGACCCAGCCCCCACCUAUCCCAGCUGCAGCAGCGGACAACAACGCUGCCACGACUCCAAGUCUCCCAGAGCAAGACGACGCAGUCACCGCUUCCUCUCCCAUCGCUAGUAGGAGGAGGAGGAAGAGACGCGCUGCCGAAAACGACAACGACAACAACAACAACGACGACCGGGAGGUGAGCAUCUCGAAGAUCGGCUACCCGGCAGCGGCGGGCAAUGCUGGCACAUCUUCAUGUGUCUUAGAGCAAGACGCCGUCACCGCUUCCUCUCCCGUCGCUAGUCGGAGGAGGAGGAGGAAGAGACGCGCCGCCGAAAACGACAACGACCAGGUGGUGAGCAUCUCGGAGAUCGGCUACCCGGCGCUGAUGGACCAGCUGAAGUCGCGCCGCUGCAUGGAGCUCUACAUGGUCUACUCGGAGAAGUACCUGCAGAAGGCCGAGGCCCAGCAGCAGGAGCAGGGGCAGGGGGGCGGCGACGGGAACAAGCCCCGAGGAGGAGCAGGAGCAGGGGGAGACGCCGGCCACUGGGGCAGACCUCUGGUGCUGCUGUUCACCACCACCGUCAUGCUGCUCAGUAGCAACGUUUUACUGCAGUGAGAGAGAGAGAGAGAGAGAGAGAGAGAGAGAGAGAGAGAGAGAGAGACAGACAGAGUGAGAGAGAGAGAGAGAAAGAGAGAGAGAGAGAGAGAGCGAGAAAGAGAACGAGAGGAAGAAAGUGUGUGUGUGCGUGCGUGUGUUUGUGGUGGAGUCCUGCAUUUUGUUACCAUUGUCAGGCUGCUUUGUAGUAUUAUCUUACUUACAUACAUGUAGUAAUAUCUUACUAUUGUGUUAAUAUCUUACUGCAGUGAGGCAAACCAGGGUUUGUGCGUGUGUGUGUGUGUGGGGGGGUGUGGGUGUGUGAGCGAGAUUAAGAGUUUGUUUGACAGAGAGAGUGUGUGUGUGUGUGUGUGAAUUGAUGUGCUCGUGUUAUGCAUAUGUUUGAGUGUGCAUAUGUAUAUCUGUAUUUCGGCCCCUGUAUGUGUGUAUAUGUAGGAAAGGGUGAGGAGAAGAGUUACUCCAUCCGUCCAUUUGAGCCCAGGUCUCUGGCGUACCACAAUGUGUUGCUCUGACCACCACACCAAAGAGCCAGGCUCAUUAGAAUGAAUGUCUGAGCGAACGGACAACCCCAUAAUGAAGGUCACACCAGAGAGAGUAGAGAGAGAGAGAGGUUCCGCUGGCCCAUUUUUUCCAGGUACUACAAUUGCAAAGAGGGGCUAAUCCCCUUUAGGCCUAAGGACUGUUCUAUUCAAUGCUAAGAGUAUUAAGACAUGCCCCUUAAGGCAGACCGGAACCUAGUCAUUUCAGGUGCCCAUAGCAACCUAUUACAUUGGCAUAUCUCUGGUCACACCAUCACAUUGCCCUUCCCCUUCCCAUAUCCUGGGGGUCCUUGAAUGACAUGGAAUUACGGCUCACAUGUGAUUGGGCCUCAAAUGGUCACAUGGUAAGCCAUAGGGAAGGAGAGUACUGUAGUGUUUUCCUGCCUGUGUUUGAACCUGGGCCUCAGAUGGGGAGGGGGAGAGAGAGAGAGAGAGAGAGAGAGAGAGAGAGAGAGAGAGAGAGAGAGAGAGAGAGAGAGAGAGAGAGAGAGAGAGAGAUUAAACAUUCUUAGGGACCGACAUGACCAAAUGGAUGGUAAAAUUAUCUUGAAUUGAUACCGUAUGUUUGUUAGUAUUGGACAGGGUGUUAUUGGAUUUUUUUUUUUCAUGUGUCUCUCUAUUGUUUGUCAUGUUUAUGAUUUUGCACUGAAUUGCACUGGAAUGAUCUGAAUUCUUUUGAACUAUACCCCAACUUUCUCAAACAACCUCACUGCUCAAUCAGUGUGUAACCAUAUCCAAUAUUGCUUGUGAUUGUGAACGUACGUAGAUGGCUAGAUGCAUGAGUUUUCAGUUGUUGUUUUUUUUAUUAACAGUCUGUGUCUUGGGUUGUCUUUACGUAUAGUCCUCCAUUGGAGUGGACGGUUGACUCAAACUGAAAAUCACGUCACAUCAACCGUUAUUGCCACAUUGGCAUCAUCGUAACAAUCCAUACAUCAUAGUGCCACACCAGAGUUGUAUAUCGUAUAAGUAGAAGUACUCUUGAGUCUUGCAGAUGUAAUUACACCACAAACAAUAGUAUGAUAUUACAAACUUGAAAUUAGGUUAUAUCAUACCACUAGUGCUGUAAUUACAUUGGCAAGAGUACUUCUACUUUAUACAGCUCUGGCCAUUACAUAAUCAUUAUACAGUACAGACAUCUUACACUAUUGCUAAUGAAUAUUAAACUCUACAAAACAAACAAGCUGUUUGCGCUGACAAAUGAGCAGUUCUUCUUUUCUUUCUCAUCCAAACAUGCCGUUUAAAAUAGCAGGGUGGACGCAGUUGUCAUCUACUUAAUUUAGAUGAGUUCACACUGCACACUCACUCAUUUGGUAUUUACAGUAUAGCAUUAACCUCAUCAGUAGGCCUAUCUAACUGCAGUAUAUCAUAUUACCAUGACUCUGGAUCACCCCAGAGCUAAUCUAAAGGUGUACAAAUAAACCACACAAAGCAUGUGUGUUGCUGUAUGUAUCCGUGCUUCAUGCCUCUAUGUGAUGGUGGAGGAUUCAAACUCGCUUUUCUCACAUAUAGGUCAUUCAUGUGCCAAAUACAGGCUAAUAUCUAAUAGGCCAAUUGUACUUCAGAUGCAUUUAGCCUACUACAUCCGGGCAUGUUAUGUUAUGGCUGCUCUACUAACAUCUGCUGAAAGACUUUGAUGCCAUAGCUUCCUCAGUGUGACUUUUAUCAUGUCAAUAUAUCACCAUGUAUUCCCCAGCUCUGUAAUAACCAAAGUGAUACUGAUUUGGUCUAUGUACAAUAGCUAGUAUUGCAAGCUGUAGCCUACCCGCAAACAUAGCAUUCAUCUAUCAUCAAACCAUCACUAAUAGCCUGAUUUCAGAUAGACAUAUAGUAUAGUAGAUCAGUAGCCUAAAGUCAACUUUUUGGAUGCAGUUGGAUUACGUUACAGGCUAUACUUUACUUGCUGUCAUCAUGUAGACUUCCUCACAAAGUGCACUUAUAAUUUCAUGAUACUAACUAAGUACAGGGGUGACAUGAGGCUUGAAUGCUGGUGUCAUCCUUCAGGUAGAGAGAUAUCAGGUGUUAAAUUCUGAUGUGAUGCCAUAUUGGUAGAAGGUAGAUUUCAGCUGUAUUUCCUCAUCUUGGUAGCUAUUGCCUUCUAUCUUCAUUGUCCUGUCAUGGAUGGGGUCAGCUCUAUGUUCCCACAACCCAUUGGUACCACAGCCCAAUGGUCCCACAGCCGAAUUUUCCCACAGCUUAUCCCUGUUGCUCCAUGUGAUGUGGGAGCAGGGCCGGAUUAAGAUCUCCUGGGGCCCCUAGGCUACAGUUUGCUUUGGGGCCCCCUGGAAGUCAAAUGUCACGACAGAUUUACAUAGGCAGUGUCAUAAUUACAAUCUAGGAAAUAAAGGUAACAUAUCUGCCAAGUGUACUCAACAUGACAGAUACAAUUUUGCAAUAUUGCAUCUUGUCACAAUUAAUUUUUUUUCCACUUUUGGCCAGUCAGGGGCCCCCUGGCAGGUGGGGGCCCCUAGGCUGCAGCCAUAUCUAGCCUGUGCGUUAAUCCGGCCCUGUGUGGGAGGACUAAUGGGCUGCGGAAACAUAGACACGUUCCAGUCAUGGAUUAUCAAUCAAAGCUCCCACUUGUUACAAGUAAAGGUGAUGUUGGAUUGCUUGUACUGUAUUUUCAGAUUUCUGCUGCACUUGCUCUGUCACACUGAUGUCUUGAAAUUCUCCUGCUUCAUAUCUAUUUGGCCUCGUCUGUGUAGGCUAUAAUAUUAACACUUUAGACUUUGUAUGUGCACUAUUUCGAUUCCAGUGUGACCCUGUAAUAAAGUGAUUGUUUUGAAAUGAA